ACGUUUUAAGUUAAAAUGGGUAAUUCCAGUUCCAUUUGUGCCGAUCGCAAUGCGGUGAGGCACUUUGACGAAAAUGGCUCGCCGGUCUAUCCAACGGCAAACAAUUCGCUCAGCCCUUCCAAUGGUCAAAUAACCCCGUAUCCGCAAAAGAAACAACAACAAGAUGAGCAGGGCUACUAUAAAACCACAAUACCCGUUGGCUCUCACUCUCACUGCCUAACAGCUGAUUUGUGCUCACGCGCACUGGGCCAAGAGAGCGGCCCCAACAACAACAACAACCAAGGUGUAUGUCUACACUCCCACUCACACACACAAACACACUCGAGCACUAGCAGUAGUCGUGUGUGUAAAAAUCAUACGACUACAACGACAACACUCGAAUACGAACUUUCCAAUUGUGCAAAACUCACAACACAAAUCAGUACGCAACACAACGUUGACGGGCCAACAGCAGCUGCAACAGCAACAGCAACAACCACAAGCAUAAGCAAACUACAGAAUACAAACGAGAAUUUUGUGUCAACGCCAUUAAUAUCCUCGAGCCAGUGGCAACAAUUGCAGCAAAGCCUGAACGAGAUACAUCAAUCGCAGCUAGGAAGCAGCAGCAACUACAAUUUGCAACAGCAACGCAACUACAGCAGCAGCAACAUGAGCAACGAACAAAAGCGCGAUCGCCUGGGACUCUGGGGCACUGGGGAUAAUGAGAUCGUUGGCGCCAUCAGCGGCUUGGAGCGUCUGCAGAACAAACGCUAUUCUAAGGGUCUUGCCUUUACACAUGAGGAGCGUCAGCAGCUGGGCAUUCAUGGUCUGCUGCCCUAUGUGGUGCGCACAGCUGAUGAGCAGGUGAAGCACUGCCGCACGCUGCUGGAUCGUCUGGAAAAUGAUCUGGACAAGUAUAUGUAUCUGAUUGGACUGUCAGAGCGCAAUGAGCGUUUGUUCUACAAGGUGCUGGCUUCGGAUGUAGCACACAUGAUGCCGCUGGUUUACACUCCCACCGUUGGUUUGGCCUGCCAGAAGUACAGUUUGGUUUACCAGCAGCCCAAGGGCAUGUACAUUUCCAUUAAGGACAAGGGCCAUGUCUAUAAUGUGCUCAAGAACUGGCCCGAAAUGGAUGUGCGCGCCAUUGUGGUUACUGAUGGUGAACGCAUUCUGGGCUUGGGCGAUCUGGGCGCCAACGGCAUGGGCAUUCCUGUGGGCAAGUUGUCGUUGUAUACAGCGCUGGCUGGCAUUAAGCCACAUCAGUGUCUGCCCAUUACGCUGGACGUGGGCACCAAUACCAAGUCCAUACUGGAGGAUCCACUCUAUGUUGGUCUGCGUCAGCAGCGUGUAACUGGCGAACUCUAUGAUGACUUUGUCGAGGAGUUUAUGCGCGCUUGUGUGCGUCGCUUUGGCCAAAACUGUCUCAUUCAAUUCGAGGACUUUGGCAAUGCUAAUGCUUUCCGUUUGCUGGCCAAGUAUCGCGAUAGCUAUUGCACCUUCAAUGAUGAUAUCCAGGGCACUGCAUCGGUUGCCGUUGCUGGUUUGCUGGCAUCGCUGAAGAUCAAGAAGACGCAGCUCAAGGACAACGUGCUGUUGUUCCUGGGUGCUGGCGAAGCUGCGCUCGGCAUUGCUGGUCUCUGCACCAUGGCCAUGAUGCAGGAGGGUCUUACCGAGGAUGAAGCCAAGUCGCACAUUUGGAUGGUCGACAGUCGUGGCGUCAUUGUUAAAGAGCGUGAUAAUCUCACCGAGCAUAAGCGUCGUUUUGCACAGAAUCAUCCGCCCAUUGAUACUUUCGAGGAAGCUGUGCGCAGAAUUCGUCCCAAUGUGCUUAUUGGUGCUUCUGCUCAGGGUGGUGCCUUCACCAAGGAAAUACUCGAACAAAUGGCUGAGUAUAAUGAAGCGCCCAUCAUCUUUGCGCUGUCCAAUCCCACCAGCAAGGCUGAGUGCACCGCUGAGCAGGCCUACACUUAUACUCAGGGCAAAUGCAUCUUUGCCUCCGGCUCACCCUUCCCACCCGUCACUUACAACAAUCGCAAGUUCUAUCCUGGCCAAGGCAACAACUCGUACAUAUUCCCAGGCAUUGCCUUGGGCGUGCUCUGCGCUGGCAUGUUGACCAUUCCCGAGGAGGUGUUCCUUAUCUCAGCUGAAUGCUUGGCUGACAUUGUGUCCAAGGAGGAUCUCGAAAGGGGCAGCCUGUAUCCCCCUCUCGAUACAAUUGUCAAAUGCUCAGUUGCCAUUGCCGAGCGCAUUGUGUGCUAUGCCUAUAAGAAGAACUUGGCCACACUCCAUCCCGAGCCUGAGAACAAGCUGGCAUUCAUUAAAUCCCAAAUGUAUGAUCUUGAUUACUCACGUGCCUUGCCCAGCACCUAUCCUCUGUAAAUAUAUCUAUAGCACUCAUUCAUUCGCAUUCAAAGGCAGCUUAAUAGUUUCAUUCCAUUUGCUUCUACAAGUUGCCAGCUCCCGCAUAUGUUAU